AUGGCUACACCUAAGAACUUUCACGUCGCCGUGGUGGGUGGUGGUAUUGCAGGUGUGACUCUGGCGAUCGCUCUUCACCACCGCAAUAUCCCUGUGACACUUUACGAGCAAGCACAUGCAUUUGGCGAGGUGGGCGCCGGUGUGUCCUUCGGACCCAAUGCCGUCGCGGCGAUGAAAGCCAGCCACCAAGGCAUCUAUGAGGCCUUCCAGAAGGUCUGCACACGGAAUAUGUGGCCGUCCAAGGAGAAGGUCUGGUUCGACUAUCUUGAUGGGCAGACCAUGGGCACGUCGACUACUGCCCAGAAUCCCAGCCAGCAGGAUAUUGCCUUCACCAUCUCCAACAGCACCGGCCAGACCGGAGUCCACCGCGCGCACUUCCUCGACGAACUGAUCCGGUUGUUACCUGACCACAUCUCGCGGUUUAACAAGCGACUAGACACCAUAACCGAGCGCGCAGAUGGAAAGCUCGUCCUGAAGUUCGAGGAUGGCAGCGAGGACGUCACCGAUGUGGUGAUCGGUUGUGAUGGAAUCAAGUCACGGGUUCGGCAGCUGAUGGUGGGUGAAGACCACCCAUCUGCCAAGCCCUCCUAUACGCACAAAUAUGCGUACCGUGGUCUCGUGCCCAUGGACAAAGCGAUCGAGGCAAUCGGGGAAGAAUUAGCUUCCAAUUCCUGCAUGCAUAUGGGUCCCGGUGGCCAUGUAUUGACUUUCCCUGUUAACGAGGGAAAGACGCUCAACAUCGUGGCCUUCCACACCACUCCUGAUAACUGGGCAGAUUAUCCCAGGUUAACUCGACAGGGCAAGAGAGAGGAAGCUAUCAGCGACUUCACUGGAUAUGGACCUAACGUGAUCAAUUUGUUGAAGCUGACCGAAGAAGAACUCAGUGUAUGGGCAAUUUUCGACCUGGGAGAACAUCCUGUAUCCACAUUCAGUAAGGGGCGUAUCUGCAUCUCUGGUGAUGCGGCACAUGCCACAUCGCCGCAUCACGGCGCGGGAGCCGGGAUGUGCAUUGAGGACACGGCAGUAUUGGCGGCAUUGCUAGAAAGCGACCAGGUACAGACACCCAAGGACCUCGAGGAUGUUCUCACUACUUUCGAUCUCUGUCGUCGGGAGCGAACGCAGUGGCUGGUACAGAGCAGCAGGUUCGUUGGAGACUGCUAUGAAUGGCGGGCUGAGGGAGUGGGAAGAGAUUUCAAGAAGAUUGAAGAAGAAAUCAACCGCAGGAAUGAUAUUAUUUCCAAUGUGGAUAUUGAUGUCAUGUGUGAGAAUGCCCGACAGCAGCUUGCUCAGAGGCUCUCCAGUUCUUAA